UCUGUUAGACACUAACACGUGGUCGACGAUCUCCACUCGUCAGGAACCAGACAUUUAUUGUGGUGGUGGGCGAGUCACCCCCUGCCGACCAUUGGUGGAAAACAGGACUUUCCCUCGGGAAUUCUUCUCCCACCACAGAACUAUGAAUUCCUCAUCAUCACCGAAUCCUCCACCUGCUUCACAACCUCCUCCGUCCAUGUCGUCAACGCCGUCCACUUCUUCAUCAUCGACACCUACCGAUGCCUCUGGCAAGAAGGUAAGGAAACCCUACACCAUCACCAAGUCUCGUGAGAGCUGGACCGAAGAGGAGCACGACAAGUUCCUCGAAGCUCUUCAACUGUUCGAUCGAGACUGGAAAAAGAUUGAAGAUUUUGUGGGUUCAAAGACAGUGAUCCAGAUCAGGAGUCAUGCCCAAAAAUAUUUCUUGAAGGUCCAGAAAAAUGGGACAAUCGCCCAUGUUCCUCCUCCUCGCCCCAAGCGCAAAGCUGCCCAUCCUUACCCUCAAAAGGCACCGAAAAAUGUUCUAAUGCCUCUGCAAGCAUCCAUGGCCUAUCCUUCUUCACUUAACACUGUUUCACCCGGAUAUGCUUCAUGGGAUGAAGCUUCCUUGAUUAUACAUACAGCCUCAAGCAAAAUCAUGCCACUGCAGGAUGAAUUUACCAAUAUUCGUGGAGCCGAAGCUGAUAUUGGAUCAAAGGGUGUAGCAAGAAUUGGUAACACCGGUAUUACUGGUUUUGGAAGCACAAGUAGAUUGAUAUCUGGUUCUGAGAUGCCAAAGCAGGGGAAACAAACUCCCAUUCUCCAUGGUCUACCAGAUUUUGCGGAAGUGUAUAGCUUCAUCGGGAGCGUCUUUGAUCCAGACACCAAAGGUCAUGUGCAAAAACUGAAGGAAAUGGAUCCUAUAAAUUUUGAAACUGUUUUGUUAUUGAUGAGGAAUAUGACCCUUAACCUGUGUAAUCCCGAUUUUGAGCCAAUUAGGAAGGUCCUCUCAUCAUAUGAUGUUAAUACAAAAACAGUGGGAAUGGGUGUCGGGACAAAUGAUGUAUCAUGUUGAGCUUGAAUUACUGACAAAAUGGCAGGAAAGUCGGAAGUUGGGGACAUCCAGUCGUAGCCAUGAAGAGAGAUGUAAGGGAGUUCUUGAAGGUUUUCAACUAAUAUUAUGGUCUGUUUUGAUAUCCAGAUCUAAUGACCUCAGUUAGAAAUGAUUACAAUCACUCAAAACGAGAAAUUUGUGAAUAGUUUUAUGAAGUCUAUUUUAAUGGAGGUUCCACUGUUGUUUUUGAGAUAUACCCAAAAAUAUCUAAUUGCGCAUUGUGCUACCUGGGCAAUGUAACCAUGAGAGUUUGAAUAAACCAUUGCAAGUGAUAUACUUCUGGCUUGUGCGUGUAAUUA